CCCGGAAGUGCUUCAUUGGUGGUGUAACAUCAUAAACGAGCCGUGCUUUCAUCGAAGUUGCCAGCUAGUUAGUCGUCUGGUCGCCAGAUCUGCUUUCUAAAACGAUUGGUUGAUGUAAUUGUAAGGUAUGAAUUGUAGCGUUUUAACUGACGUUUCCAUCCAUUGACCCAAGAAUGGACGGGCCGCCUGUAUGCUAGCUAACAUGCUAACGUUAGCUAGCAUUUCCUUGAGAGUCGAUAGGAUUGCUUGAUAUAUUUUUGCACGGUUACCGGCUGGCACAGACAAACCAACAGUGUGACUGAAAUAACCGUUUCUGCCCCAGCAUUUGUUCAUAACGUCACUGUGCUGUAGAAGAGGAAUCUGUUUUGUAUUUUACUAGUCCAUUUGGCUAGAUAGUUCGCUACCCAAGGCCAGAUAGGCAUUACGUUUAGGGAAAGCGGUCAUCAUCAUGGCCAGUAUUGACGUGAGUACAAGCAAAGAUGGACCUGUCAACGGGCACACGUCAUGGGCUUGCAAAUCACAGGAGCGCCAACUCUCUGACAUCCUUCUCCCAGUACAGUCAAGUAUCGACACUGACAUCAGUCAGAUCGACAGAGACACACCAAACGGGUAUGUUCCAGUGCUCCUGGAGCAGGUUGAGCAGGGGUCUCCGUGUGUCAUCACCCUGUGCUGUGCACCCCACUGCCCUGCCCUCAUCACCAGCCUGCUGGUGACCAGCGAGGCCCGCACAAUCGAGGUCUACUCCCAGGCUGGGGACUACUGUGGCACCAGUCGCGGGGAAAGAGACCCCAACACACAGCCUGACAGUGCAGAGAGAGGACCCUUCUACAGGAAACACUUAAUAUUGGAGUCCCCUGCCGCAUCAUGUGAGGUGAAGCUGCUGUCUCUUGGUGGGCGAGGGAGCGUUGCUGUGGCUCGGGUCGUGAUGGGCCUACAGACACGGACACCUGUGGACUGCUCUCUGAGCCUGGGGCCCAGCAUCGACAUGCUCCGUGUGCAGUCCAUGGUGGAGGAGAUGGGCGCCAGCCUCUCACCGGGGGCCCAGAGCCUCAUGAACAUGGUCCAGUUUCAGCAGAAGAACAAAGCUGACUCACUGAGUGGGUUUCUGCCCCUCCUCGUGAGCAGUGGGGCUCUCUCUGCUCUUGCUAGAGUAACUAACGGACCCUCUUCAGCUCCAGCUGACAUUCAACACCCCUCAGUCAACACUAGCCUCCAGCCAGACGAGAUGUCUGACUCUGCCUCCUCAGAUCCAUGGCCCCAGUCUCGUGCAGCCUGCGAUACUCACACCGGCCUGGCAGACAUGAUGUCACCCUUUCUUAACGGCCAGCCAGGAGGACGGAGGCCAUGCAUCAGCCCAGACUUGCUCCCUAUGCUGCAGAGUGUGUGUGGGCAGGUGACGCAGCUCCGCAUCGAGGAUGCCUCAAAGACAUCCAACGGCCCGCGGCAGGAGCAUGCAUGCUGCAGAGGGCUGGAGCAUGUCCUGGAGAGAUGUCUGGGCGAGAUGGAGAGGAGGCUGAUGGAACACAUGGACCAGCGACUGGAUGCCAUGCAGCUGCGCCUGGAAACGGCCUUACUGCAGACCCUGGCCCUUCCCCUUAACCACCUCAAGACCACAGCACCAACGCCUGACCAGCCUCAGGCCCUGCACUAACUCUGGCCUCUACCCAAGCCACAGCCCCUGCCACAUCCCCUACCCCAGCCCCCACUGACUUUAGCCCAUUUCAUUGGCUCCAGCCCCUACCUUAUCCCCAGCCCUAGCCCCCACUGACUCCAGCCCCUACCUUAUCCCCAGCCCUAGCCCCCACUGACUCCAGCCCCUACCUUAUCCCCAGCCCUAGCCCCCACUGACUCCAGCCCCUACCUUAUCCCCAGCCCUAGCCCCCACUGACUCCAGCCCCUACCUUAUCCCCAGCCCCAUGCACAGCCCCUACACUGGCUGCGACCAAUAACCUGAACCCAAUCACCCAACUCCCCAGAGACGAGCUGCUUAUUUUACUGUAGUUUUACCACUUGUGCAUGUUUGUAAAAUAAUGUCUAACUGUUGUAAAUUUGACUCCCUUUCAUAUUCUGUGUAUUAACAGACUGGUUUAAAUAACUGCACUGUAUGAUCAAGAGUGAAAAUAAAUAUAUUUAUACUGUAACAAAA